AUGGAUUCUUCUGCAAAUAUAGUAUCAGAACAACACAAAGAAGAGGUCAAAGCCAAUAAUGAUGAUGAUUAUAAAGAAAGAAACAAAACAUAUUUUCCAACCAAUAUAACUAUACAAGAUUGUCGUUAUGCUAUCAAAGGAGUAGUUGGGUUCCGUGAAGUUGCUCUUGAAGGUACAAUAUGUUUUACCUAUGAUAUGUUGUCUGAUGAAUCAUUUCCCGAUCCAAUGAAAGCAACUGAUGCUAAGACAUCAUUCCUUUAUAAGAUGAGAAGAGAAUGUAGAGGUAUCAUCUUUGAUGAAUCAAAUCAACAAUUAAUUUGUAGAAAAUUACACAAAUUCUUUAAUAUUAAUGAAUAUCAAGAAUGUAGAGCUGAAAAUGUAUCAUUAAAAGAACCAUUUACAUUGACUGAAAAGAUUGAUGGUUCAUUGAUUGCACCAUUUAUAGUAAAUGGAUCUAUAUCAUGGGGAAGCAAACAAGGUAUGACAGCAUUUGGAAAGAGAAUAGAUGAUUUUGUAAACAACAAUGAUUCUAUUAGAUACAAUGAUUUUGCUCAAUAUUGGUUGGAUCGGGGUUACACACCAGUCUUUGAGUAUAGUUCCGAUAAACAACAAAUCAUUCUAUUCUAUCAAGAAGAGAGAAUGAGACUAUUGGCCAUCAGAGACCGUACCACUGGCAAUUAUUUACAAUACGAUGAGAUUUUAAAGUCUGGGCAAGAAUAUGGUGUUCCAGUAGUUGAAAGAAUCAAAUUGGAAUCAUUAUUGGAUCCAGACCUCGAUCCCAAUUCUAUAACAACAAAUGAAUUGGUAAAUAUUGUAAAAAAGAUGAAAAAUGUAGAAGGAUUUGUUUUACGUGUCAACGAUGGUAGAAUGUACAAGAUCAAGAGUGAAUGGUAUAUAGAUCUAAGUAGAUUGUCACUCCAGUCACCAAAGGUUGUAAAGAAUGAAAAGGAUGUAUGGUCAUUGGUUUUGUCUGGGUCAAUGGAUGAUACAUUGGCAAUGAUUGCAUCAUCGACCAAACCACUCUCUGAGAAAUUGGUCAAAAUCAAAGAGUUUUCAAGUGUACUGAUUGGACGUAUCGAAGAGUGUGCUCGUAUCAUGAUUGAAUUCAUUAUCAAAUCAAAGGUUGAUCAAAUACCAAGAGGUCGGUUACAAACCUUAUCCUCCCCACACCCACUCUUUUCACCUCAACUGUUGGGAUUCUCCUAUGCCUUUUAUAAUGACAUUCAAGCAGACCAUACAGUAGACCAACAUUUAUCAUUAGUCAACAAAAGUUUAAUUAAAAGAAUUAAAGAGGGUUGUGGGUCUGGUGCAAAAUUAGAGCACGCAAGAACAUUACUUGGUGGUAAUAUCAAAUUUACCUAUAUUCCACCUCCAAAACCAACAAUAUCAACUGAAACCAACAACAAUAACAAUGUAGAUCAAGAUGGUAAUGAUGAAUAUUUCGAGAAUGAUAAUGAUGAAUAA